AUGGCCGAAGAAAGUCUACAUGUUCCUGAUACUAAUAUCGAUUUUCAUAUCGUUCAGUUGUUUGAACGAUUGGAAACCCUUCGGAGGGAACCCGGUGCGUCUAAACUAUCCAAUUCCCUUCAGGGACGAGCAAGUAUGCAUAACGAACUUCGCAGUUUGGAAUUUUGGAGAUCGAUAACCUCCGAGUGCUUGGCAUCGUUUUUCUAUGUGUUCAUCGUCUGCGGAGCAGCGGCCGGAGCCGGGGUCGGGGCCAGCGUGUCGUCUGUCCUGCUAGCAACGGCGCUCUCGUCCGGAUUCGCUGUCACUGCACUGACCCAGUGCUUCCUGCACGUCUCAGGGGCUCACAUCAACCCGGCGGUAACGAUUUCGCUGGCAGUAACCCGCAUGAUAUCACCACUUCGAGCUAUCCUCUACACGGUGGCACAGUGCGGAGGAUCAAUAGCGGGUGCUGCCCUACUAUAUGGCGUGACGGUACCCGGCUAUCAGGGCAAUCUGCAGGCGGCCGUGUCCCACACGUCCACGCUGGCCGCCUGGGAACGGUUCGGUGUCGAAUUCAUCCUGACCUUCGUCGUGGUGCUGUCCUACCUGAUCUCGACCAAUUCGUACAAGAAGUACUUCGGCUCGUCGGCAAUCGCCAUCGGUGCGGCCUACAGUGCGUGCAGUUUCGUUUCGAUGCCCUAUUUGAACCCAGCACGUUCGUUAGGACCUUCGUUUGUGCUCAACAAAUGGGACAACCACUGGGUUUACUGGGUAGGUCCGCUGAUUGGUGGAGUUGUUUCUGGUCUGCUCCAUGAGUUCAUAUUCAGCACCAAGAAAACUAGCAAAAAAUCAAAAGACGAAGGAGAUUCCAGCAUAAACUCCGAUGAGGACAUCAACUACGACAUGGAUAUUGACAAGCCAGCUCAAAGUGGCAAGUAUCACACGUACCGACCACCAAGUGGGGCCUUGGUUAACCAGCAACGCUACUGCCAAAGCAUCUACACCGCGGAACCAACGUCGAAAACUGAUCGAGUCGAAUCUAUUUACGGAGGAACUAAGUCCAUGUACUGCAAGUCACCUCCGCUUACCCGGGCCAAUCUCAACCGUUCCCAGUCGGUGUACACCAAGAGCAAUACGGCACUGAAUCGUGACUUGAGUAUCCGGCCAGGACCACUAGUGCCGGCUCAAAGCCUAUACCCGCUGAGAGUUACCCAGCCACAAAGCUCUCAUCUACAGAAUCAAAACGUUCAGAACCAACUUCAGCAGAGGUCGGAAAGUAUUUAUGGAAUCCGGAGCUCUAUGCGGCAACCAGCCCCUGUCGAUCGGAUCCCUCAACAGAUGCCACCACAUCCUCAAACCGGAGAACCUCAGGGGUUUCAACCCAUCUACAGUACCCGCACCAAUCCAAACUGUUCGACUGACGCACUAAAGUUUGAUCGAGAACCACGCGAAAACAGUCGAGAUGAUUCCAUGUCUUCUAAGUUUUCUCGCGCAGGACGGCCAGAGUCCAUGUACGGUCAACGCCGAGUUCAGUCAGCUCAGUCCGAUGACAGUUCCUAUGGCUCGUACCAUGGUUCGGGACCCGCUAUCACCCCUCCGACCCGCAAUGCCAGCAAUAGUAGUAGUACCUACAAUGGAGGCUUGAUGUUGCCGAACUACGGUGGGCACGGACCAACCGGAAUGGCACAGGUUCAAGCUACGGAGCGAAAAUCGUCUUCCUCAUCUCAGCAACAGCAACAGCAACAGCAACAGCAGCAGCAGCAGCAUCAUCACCAACAACAACAACAGCAACAGCAAUCGCUGAGAAACCCAACUAGUAUUCAAAAUACAAGUUUACCACCUCCACCACCACAGUUGCAGACACACCAAGCCUACCAAAUGCAUCAAGUCCGGCAGAAUUAG